GGUGCUGCAGCGGGCGGGGGCCUGGCGCCGGGAGAAAGGCGGGGACGCAGCUUACGUAAGCGUCCGCUCGCAGGUGCAUGAGGCCUCCACCGGCGUGUGGUCCCUGCGCGCUCCCAGGUGCGCAGUUGGCGCAGGCGGCGGCGCGGCACGGCGCCGGCGGGCGCUGGCUGGCGCUCUCAGGUACGGCAGAGUGCGCGUGGAGGGGGCGCGCAGCGAGCGAAGGGGCGGGCUUUCCGUUCCCCAGCAGCCGCGGGGCCCGCCCCCCGGCUCGGCCAAUGGGCGCGCUGGGCGGUGUCACGUGCUCGCCGCCGCCGCCGCCGCCGAAGCGGAGACCGGAGCCGCGAGCGCCACCAGGGCAGCAGCCGCCGCAGCCGCCGCCGCUGGGCAGAGGAGCCGGAGACGCGGGCGGACGAGGUGGCGGCGGCGGCGGAGCGGGAGCGGGGACCGGGCGCGGGCAGAGCGCGGCGGCGCGGAUACAGUUUCUUUGCCAUGCUCUGUACUGUACAACGGCAACAAAAAGUCUUUUGAGAACCAAAGAUACCCUUUGAAGCUUGUUUACCAAGGUGCUGGCUUACCCUUCAGAGGUGUAUUCCAGAGAAUAAGUCUUCAAACACCUUUGCCAUAUUGUCUCUGAGCUGUCAGGGGACUCAGGCUUAUGAGGAGGUACUGUCACACAAAACAGUGUCUAGUGAAGACGACAAGAAAGUGGGGAAAGGACU